GCCCUGGUUGGCUUUGAACCAUGAUCCUCAAAUCUCUGCCUCCUGAGUAGCUAGGAUUACCGCAUAAGCCACCAGAACCUGGCUAUUAGACAAUCUCCUAGGUCAGCCCUGAAAGUGCCCUGCAGGUGGCUGGAGUUAAUGAUUAGCUCUGCACUUGUCGGAAUGACUUGGUCAGGCAGGCUGGGGCUCACCUGCUGAAGCCUCUACAGGUAGCAGCAUGGCCCCUUGGCUCCUCAGGGCUGGGCUGCUGGUGCUGAGCCUAGUUCAUUAUUAUGUUGGGAGUGAAAUGACAGAACCCCUAAGUGGCUCUGGAGACCAGCUGCUCUUCCGUGGAGCCGACAGACAUGACUUUGCCAUUGUGAUCCCCAUAGGAGACUCGGAAUGCGUCUGGCAGUUUGCCCACCAGAACGGCUAUUUCUAUUUCAGCUAUGAGGUUCAGCGGACCCUCGGGAUGUCUCAUAACCGGCACGUGACUGCCAUGGCACACACCCCACGGGGGUUCCUCAUAGACACCUCCAAGGACGUUCGGGGCCAGAUUAACUUCGCAACCCAAGAGACAGGUUUCUAUCAGCUUUGUAUAAAAAACGACCAAAAUCAUUUUGGUUCUGCACAAGUGUACCUCAACUUUGGCGUCUUUUAUGAGGGGCCCGAGAUGGACCACAAACAGAAUCAAAGGAAGCAACUGAACGAUACUCUGGAUGCAAUUGAGCAGAGUACAAGGAAGGUGCAAAACAAUGUUUUUCACAUAUGGCGCUUCUACAACUUUGCCCGGAUGAGGAAAAUGGCCGACUCCUUCCUUCUCCAAUCAAACUACACCUAUGUGAACAGGUGGUCCACAGUCCAGAGCCUUGUCAUCGUUCUUUCUGGGCUCCUGCAGCUGUAUUUCUUAAAGCGUCUCUUCAAUGGCUCAUCAACUACUGACACAAAACCGAGAUGCUAA